AUGGGCGCUUUCAUAUUGACCGUUAUUUGCGCUGUCUCUCUACUUACCGUGCAAAGCGUCUGUGAAGAUGUUCUUGAAGAACGAUCUGCCAAGAUAUCGAGAUUAUGGCCAGGUUGGAAUCCGUGCCCGAUCGGGGAUCCAAAAAAUUGCUUCUAUCUCGGCGAUGAUAUGAACCGCCUGGAAGUUUUGCCUGGCUUUGGAUGGGACAACUUGCGAAACAUCGAAAUGGGACAGGUCCUGGCGACGAAUUAUUCUCAGUGUAAAACCACCGCGGAUAGAAAAUAUCUUCUGCCAGAUAACGCUUUCGUGACUCCGGUCAAACGCAGCAAAGUGGACAUGUUCUCCGAAGUUUUCGAUCAUUGGAACAGCUAUACAAGUACCACGGCAAACUCUGUAAACCUCGAGGCAUCUUACUCAGUUGCGAGCGGCUCGUUCGCCGCGGAUUUCAAGUACAACAAAGAGAAGCAGGUUGCAGACAAUGCAGUCACUGCGCGAGUUCAGAUUCGACAUCUAUUUUACGUGGUUAAAACGCACCCCGAGUCGGCUCUUCAUCCCGUGUUUAAAAGCAGACUGAUGCAGAUUGCGGCAGAACUACAAAACAAUCGCACAAAACAAGCUUGGUACAGCGCGCAGUUACUCAUCAGAGAAUACGGCACCCAUAUUAUAACGUCUGUCGACGCUGGCGCUACUCUAGUUCAAGAGACACAUGUCAAUAAAAGCGAUAUACAGUACAAAUCGCUCUCUGAACACGACAUCAAAGUCGCUGCCACAGCAACCUUCUUUAAGGCGCUGAAUAUAAAAGCGGGUUUCGGACACAAUGAGAGUAACGUAAAAAUGAACAAGUUUCAAAGCAGUCAAACUGCCUCACGCGUGGCAACGUAUGGUGGCCCACCAUACAGGACAAAUUUUAGCAUUAAGGAGUGGGAAGAGGGACUGGCAAAUGAACUCGUGGCCAUUGACAGAAGCGGUGACCCACUGUACUAUGCUAUCACAACCGCAACGCUGCCCGGCUUGCCCGAACCGACGGUUUAUCGCUUGGCCAAAAUUGUACAACGGGCCGUUCGCUUGUAUUAUAAAGUAAACACUGUAGGGGGAUGUACAGAUGUAUCCUCGCCAAGGUUCAACUUUGAAGCCAACGUUGACGAUGGGAGUUGCCAGGCUGAAAACACCAAUUUCACGUUCGGAGGCGUGUACCAAAAGUGUUACACAACGAGAUACAACAGUGCCGGAAAUUUGUGUGAGAAGCUACAACAAAAGAAUCCCUUAACCGGGGAUUUCUCUUGCCCCGGGGGGUAUCAGCCAGUGGACCUGUUAAAGCCCCGUUCAGGCGAAAUGCCCGUGGUGACAAAGGCUUAUCAUCAGACGCACUGUCGCAAGAUUUGUAACAGCUGUGGAUUUCUUUGGUUGAAGAGCUGUUGUCACCUUUCAUGUCAGAAUGUGUUUCACUAUAGCAUGGUGCAUUUUCAAGCUUUCUGGUGCGCUGCCAUCGGAUCGGUGGAAGCUAACAGCGGGAUGUUAUUUGGCGGAGUUUACAGCUCCACCGAGCCAAAUCCGGUGACUGGGUCUCAAAGCUGCCCGCACAGGUUCUAUUCCAUGCCUUUUGGCGGACAUUCCCACGUUUGUGUAAGCGAUGACUAUGAACAAGGCUUUCAGUUUGCCUUGCAGUUUGCAGGAUUCUUCAGCUGCACAUCAGGAAACCCUCUCGCUGUCCGAAGCUCGAAAUCUCCUUCGGACGAGAAACCUCAGGGUGACAAAAAUCUUCAGCAGAAGCCCAAGAACAGAGUUCCCUCCGUUGAGGUCUUUCUCGAAGGAGGUAAGGCUGGAAAGUUUCAAGGCCCACAAAGCUGCCCGCGAGGAUACAGCCAGCAUCUUUUAGCUGUAGAUAACGAAUGUGAAAUUAACUACUGCGUGAAAGCCAACUCUUUGGCUAAGCUAUCCUCCAGGCUAGUGGUGAAGCGACCCCCUUACAACCCCAGACCAGAAGUCAAUCCAAACGCAACUAAAACGUUAAUGGUGGUCGGAGUAAAUGGUGAAGUAUGGUACAAGAACGAUUCGCACGCUGACUGGACCCUGGCCUCUUUUGCGGCUCGUGAUGACGAUGACUCUCUCGACCCCCUUGUUUCAGGUGACCAAACUAAACCGAUGUCCCAAGGGGCCGCUGUUACUCUAAGCGUGUGUGCUACAAUUUUGGCUGGAAUCUUGGCCAUGAUGGUCUACAAUGGUUACAGGAGGCGUCAACGUAGUCGGCAGUAUCGAGAGAGGAGCAUGACGGAGGUGUUAAUGCCCGGGGAGACCACCCCAUUGAACCCGCCUACGAACUAG